AUGAAUGCCAGGCAGAAUACAGAGCCCCAAAUCGAUGUCUCAGAGAAUCGCCAUGCGGCGACCUUCGGCGUGGGAAUUGGGUUCAUCGUGUUUGACUCGAUUAUCAUUGCGCUGCGUAUUUAUGCUCGCACCUUCAUGCUCCGCGCUCUGGGGACGGAUGAUAUAUUGAUGAUAAUUGGAGCAGUACUCAAUUUCGGACUAUCAAUAACGAUCAUGAUCGGAUCGAACUAUGGAAUCGGAAAACACGCCCUCGCUAUAUCGACCAGCGACACCGUGCCUAUGCUGAAGUGCAUCUGGGUUACGCGCCUCCUAUAUACCGCUUCCAUGGGCUUCGUCAAAAUGUCGCUGCUGUGGUUCUACCUCCGUCUCGAUCCCCGAAAGCAUAUGCGCUGGGCUGUCUUCUUCGUCAUGUUCUUCAAUAUUGGUCUGUCUCUUGCGAGCUUCAUCGGCGCUUUGUCAGGCUGUAGUCCUCCAUCCUUGUUCUGGACGGAUCCAACCUCGGACGGCUGCAUGGAAAUGGGACCGCAGCAGCGUUUUUACGAAGUCAAUGGCAUUUUAAAUAUCGUUACAGACAUCUUGACGUAUCUACUCCCAGUCCCAAUGCUGUAUACUCUGCAGUUGAGCUGGCGAAAGAAGGGCGCUAUCCUAGGGAUUUUUGGACUAGGCAUUCUAUCCAUUGCUGCUGCCUGCGUUCGCUACAACUUCGUGACCAAACUCUCCUCCGCCGAAGAAGAGUAUUACCUCCUCCUUGCCGACUCCCUUAACUGGUGCACGAUCGAGGCUUAUGUUGCAAUCUUCUGCGGCUGCGCCCCCUCCCUCUCCAUCCUCGUCAAAACCUACGCCCCGUCUAUAUUCGGCUCCACGCACAAUACCAGCGCGAAAUCUCCCAACGCAAGCUAUUUCAUGCAGCGACGGACGCCAUUGAAGAGUAACAGGCGUCUGGGGAAGGGCGAUAUUACACUGGGGAGUCAGGAUGCUAUUGUUACCGGCGGCAAUCCGGACCAAGAUCGGGAUCAGGAUGGGAUUGUGAUGAAGACGGAUAUUCAUAUGGAUGUGGCGUCGGCGAAGUCGACGGAGGAUACUGUUUAUAAGCGGGAGUAUUAUGAUUUUACGAGAAGGAUUUGA